CUAUUCAGGCAAAAACUAAGGCAGCUGAAACUUCUCUCUGGGUCCUCUCUGUGACGCGUUCCUCGCCUUUGGUCCUCAGUUGUGAAAACGUGGAGGGCUCCGUCUGAAGUGAUCCGGAGGUCCUGCGGUGAUCUGUCAGCCUGAGAGAUGGAGUACAUGCAAGCUCCAGCUGCCAGCAGUCAGGGGAACAUCCUGUGCUGUACCUGUGGCGUCCCCAUUCCUCCCAACCCUGCCAACAUGUGUGUGGCCUGCCUGCGCACUCAGGUCGACAUCUCCGAGGGAAUCCCCAAGCAAGUCACGGUGCACUUCUGCAAGCAGUGUGAACGGUACCUGCAGCCUCCAACCACCUGGAUGCAGUGCGCUCUGGAGUCCAGGGAGCUUCUGACCCUUUGCCUGAAAAAACUUAAGAGCUCAAUGAGCAAAGUGCGUCUUAUCGAUGCCGGCUUCUUGUGGACUGAGCCCCACUCUAAGAGGAUUAAGAUCAAGCUGACCAUCCAGAAAGAGGUGAUGAAUGGGGCUAUCCUGCAGCAGGUGUUUGUGGUUGAGUUUGUCAUCCAGUACCAGAUGUGCGACGACUGCCAUCGUGUGGAGGCCAAGGACUUCUGGAAGGCCGUGGUUCAAGUGAGGCAGAAGACUAUUCAUAAAAAGACCUUCUACUAUUUAGAGCAGCUGAUCCUGAAGCACAAACUCCACCAGAAUGCCUUAAACAUCAAAGAAAUUCAUGAGGGCAUUGAUUUCUACUACGGCUCCAAGCAGCACGCGCAGAAGAUGGUGGACUUCUUGCAGUGCACCGUGCCCUGCAGGUCCAAAACAUCCCAGCGCCUCAUCUCUCAUGACAUCCAUUCAAACACAUACAACUAUAAAAGCACCUACUCCAUAGAAAUCGUUCCUGUCUGCAAGGACACUGUGGUAUGUCUCCCGCCACGACUGGCGCAGAGCCUGGGGAACAUGGGUCAGAUCUGCGUCUGCAUCCGUGUCACCAGCACCAUCCAUCUCAUCGAUCCCCGCACCCUGCAGAUUGCUGAAGUGGAUGGGAACACGUACUGGCGAAACCCCUUCAACAGCCUCUGCAGCCCCCGGCAGCUGGAGGAGUUCAUCGUCAUGGACGUGGACGUCAUCAGAGACCAGAAGCUGGGUGCUGGAGCUGGCAUCAGGUCCACCAAGCACACCAUGGCUGAGGUGUGGGUCCAGAAAACCUCAGAGAUGGACACGAGUCAGCAGUAUCACUGCCGUACGUUCCUGGGCCAUCUGCUCAACAUCGGAGACCUGGUGAUGGGGUACGACUUUGCCAAUUCCAACGUCAACGAUGACUACCUGAACAAGAUGAACCCGCACCAUCUUCCUGAUGUGGUGCUGAUCAAGAAGAGCUAUGACCGCAGCAGGAGGGCGAAGCGCAGGAACUGGAAGCUGCAGGAGAUGGCCAGAGACCGUGAAGGCAUGGACACAGAUGAUGAAAGACAAUACCAGGACUUCCUAGAGGACCUGGAGGAAGAUGAGGCGCUGAGGAAAAAUGUCAACAUCUACAGAGAUGCUUCAAAGAUCCCAGUGGAGAGCGACACUGAUGAUGACGGAGCGCCACGUAUCUCCCUGAUGGAGAUGCUGGAAGAGCUCAGCCUGACAGAUGCCACGGGAGCAGAGGGUGCCGACAUGAUGACAGAAUAACCAGCCUUCUGCACGGCUUUGUCAGCUAAUGGGUCAAAUUCAUAUCUGCUGAUUAAAAAAAAGUGACACAACUA